ACCAGCUGAGACACCCAAGAGGAUUACCCCCUUUGCCCCCUCCCACCCCCCCCCCAAAAAGAAGCUCCCCUCUCCUGGCCCAUCCCUUCCCUUCUUCCCUCCCUCCUCCCCCCGAACUUUCCCUCUCGCAUGCUUUUCCCUUGCACCACGGAUCGCCUCUCCGAUGCCGCUUGCCUGGAAGCUGCGUUAGGAGGGAGCGGUGGCGGCGGUGGCGGCGGCGGCGGCAGCUCGGGAGUGCUAUGACCGGCAAACUCGCCGAGAAGCUGCCGGUGACCAUGAGCAGUUUGCUAAACCAACUGCCUGACAAUCUGUACCCCGAGGAGAUCCCCAGCGCGCUCAACCUCUUCUCCGGCAGCAGCGACUCGGUAGCCCAUUACAAUCAGAUGGCUACAGAGAAUGUGAUGGACAUCGGUCUGACCAACGAGAAGCCCAACCCAGAACUCUCUUACUCGGGCUCCUUCCAGCCAGCCCCCGGCAACAAGACCGUGACCUACUUGGGAAAGUUCGCCUUUGACUCCCCUUCCAACUGGUGCCAGGACAACAUCAUUAGCCUCAUGAGCGCCGGCAUCUUGGGGGUGCCCCCGGCCUCAGGGGCGCUCAGCACGCAGACGUCCACCGCCAGCAUGGUGCAACCGCCGCAAGGCGACGUGGAGGCCAUGUAUCCGGCGCUGCCCCCCUAUUCCAACUGCGGUGAUCUCUACUCGGAGCCAGUGUCUUUCCACGACCCCCAGGGCAAUCCCGGGCUCGCCUAUUCCCCCCAGGAUUACCAAUCGGCCAAGCCAGCCUUGGACAGCAAUCUCUUCCCCAUGAUUCCUGACUACAACCUGUACCACCACCCCAACGACAUGGGCUCCAUUCCGGAGCACAAGCCCUUCCAGGGCAUGGACCCCAUCCGGGUCAAUCCGCCCCCCAUUACUCCUCUGGAGACCAUCAAGGCAUUCAAAGACAAGCAGAUCCACCCGGGCUUCGGCAGCCUGCCCCAACCGCCGCUCACGCUCAAGCCCAUCCGGCCCCGCAAGUACCCCAACCGGCCUAGCAAGACCCCGCUCCACGAACGGCCCCACGCGUGCCCAGCAGAGGGAUGCGACCGCCGUUUCAGCCGCUCGGACGAGCUGACCCGGCAUCUGCGCAUCCACACGGGCCACAAGCCCUUCCAGUGCCGUAUCUGCAUGCGGAGCUUCAGCCGCAGCGACCACCUCACCACUCACAUCCGCACACAUACGGGCGAGAAGCCCUUUGCCUGCGAGUUCUGCGGGCGCAAGUUUGCGCGCAGCGACGAGCGCAAGCGCCACGCCAAGAUCCACCUCAAGCAAAAGGAGAAGAAGGCGGAGAAGGGGGGUGCGCCCUCGGCAUCAUCAGCUCCCCCAGUGUCCCUGGCCCCCGUGGUCACCACCUGCGCCUGAGGCACUGGCCCCCAGAUCCCCACUUUUCCCCUUCAGUGCCUCCCGGCUGCUCGCCUGAAAGCAGCGGGAAAGCCAGCCACGGAGGCGCAGGGGCCGCGCCCUGGCCUCUCCAUGGACGUGCGGCCCCUUGCUCCCCUUCGAUGCCCCCGGUUCCCACCCUUUCACACCGGCCAGCGGUCGAGGGGCCGGAGCUGGAGAUGCCUUCCCCUCGCUGUCCCCUCCUUAGCCAAGGAGUGGGGGUGGAAAGGUGGCGUCUAGCCCGCUUUGUUCAGUCGGAUCGCCUUGAUCCAGGGGCCGCUGGGCCGCGCCAAGGACCUGCGGGGGACUGAAGGCGGAGCCCACCAACCCUCGCCUGACCCAAACACCUCACUGUUUCCCCAGUGUUUCCCUCCGUUCCCCUCGAAGACUCGAGAGGGGGAGGGGGUUAAGAAGCGCACC